AUUCCUAGUCAUCAUCUGCUCAGCGCCAUCUUGUUUAUUUUCAUGCAAAAGCCGUCACGAGAAGGGUGAUAGUUCUUUUAUUGCAUAUUGUCAACAGUUGCCCCUUUGUAGAUGUUCAUCCCCUGUUGCCAGGGGUAAACGAUUAGACAUUGGGCGGAUCACGAGUAAACACGUUAAGGUGACCGUUUCACAGAAAAACUCGGCAACACCGAAAGGGUCUACGGUCACUCCACAAAAAACUCCCGGCAACAUGAACCAUGCAUUGAAAGAGAAGCAAGAUGAUCAACCAGAAACCGAGGAGAUGGAUACUCGGGAAGAUGCUGUUGUCAACCAUGAUCCAGGAGAUCCCCCUACAGUCAAUGGAGAUGCCAUACGGGAUCAAGGGGCAGAGGGUCCAGCAGAUGAUAUGGAAGAUGAUGACAGCCGAGCUGAAGCAACAUUAACAUAUAGGGUUGAAAACAUCAGCAAGCUGAAAGAAACUCAACUAAGUCCACCUUGCAUGGUUAGAAACUUGCCAUGGAAAAUCAUGGUGAUGCCAAGGUUUAGUCAGCAUGCAGAGAAGUCUCAGAAGAGUCUUGGUUUCUUUUUACAGUGCAAUGGAGAGUGUGAAUCCUCGUCAUGGUCAUGUAAUGCUGCAGCAGAGCUGAAAAUAAAGAAUCAAAAGUCUGGUGGUGAAGAUUUCUCUAGAAAAAUUCAACACCUGUUUUUUAGUAAGGAAAAUGAUUGGGGAUUUAGCCAUUUUAUGUCUUGGCAGGAUCUUCUUGAUCCUGAGAAAGGAUAUGUAAAAGAUGAUGCCAUCCAACUAGAAGUUUAUGUAUUUGCCGAUGCUCCACAUGGAAUGAGUUGGGAUUCCAGGAAGCAUACAGGUUAUGUGGGCUUGAAGAACCAGGGUGCUACUUGUUACAUGAACUCACUUCUCCAGACAAUGUAUUUCACAAACAAAUUGAGAAAGGCCGUGUACCAAAUGCCUACUGAAAAUGAUGACUCAUCACGAAGUGUUGGGCUUGCUCUUCAGCGAGUCUUUAAUGAACUUCAAUUUAGUGACAAACCUGUUGGAACUAAAAAGCUAACAAAAUCCUUUGGCUGGGAAACAUUAGACUCAUUUAUGCAACAUGAUGUGCAGGAACUAUGCAGGGUGCUACUAGAUAACAUAGAAAGUAAGAUGAAAGGGAUGAAGGAUGUAGAAGGGACAAUCCCACAGUUGUUUGAAGGCAAGAUGCUGUCCUAUGUGAAGUGCAAACAUGUAGAUUAUGUGUCCUCCAGAACAGAACCAUUCUAUGAUAUUCAACUUAAUGUCAAAGGAAAGAAGACGAUUUAUGAAUCAUUUAAAGACUACAUCACAGUAGAGACCUUAGAUGGUGACAACAAGUAUGAUGCAGGAGAGCAUGGGUUGCAGGAAGCAGAAAAGGGAGUUAUAUUUCUGUCCUUUCCACCAGUGCUGCAUUUACAGCUGAUGAGAUUUCAGUAUGAUCCUAUUACAGACACAAAUAUAAAAAUCAAUGACAGAUUUGAAUUUCCAGAGAAACUGCAUCUUGAUCAGUUUCUGAAAUCCCCAGAAAAGAUUCCAUCUGAUUAUCUCCUUCAUGCUGUUCUAGUCCACAGUGGAGACAACCAUGGCGGUCAUUACGUUGUUUAUAUCAAUCCCAAAGGUGAUGGAAAGUGGUGUAAGUUUGAUGAUGAUGUAGUGUGUCGGUGCACAAAGCAGGAGGCCAUAGAUCACAACUUUGGUGGUCAUGACGAUGAUCUCACUGUCAAGCACUGCACAAAUGCAUACAUGUUAGUCUAUAUCAGGGAAAGUAUGAAAGAGGAUUUACUACAACCAGUAGAUGAACGACAUAUACCAGAUUCACUCAUAGAAAGACUCCAAGAGGAAAAGAGAAUUGAAGCACAGAAAAGAAAAGAGAGGACAGAAGCUCAUCUGUACAUGAAUGUACAAGUUGUCACUGAAGAUGACUUUUCUGGACACCAAGGAAAUGAUCUCUUUGAUAUUGAAAAAAUCAACUUCAGAAAUUUCAAAGUAAAGAAGACUGCUACAUUAAUGGAGUUGAUGGAAAUUCUGUCAGAGAAUUUGAAAUAUCCCAUCCAGCAGCUGAGGCCAUGGCCAUUUGCUCACAGAACAAACCAAACAUUCAGACCCACAGUAUUAGAUGUGGAGGCUGAUAUCAACAAAAAUGUCCUAGAACUAGCUGAGGGUGAAGGCCCUUGGACAGUGUUUGUAGAAACUCUGAGUCCAGAGAGCAAUCAGGACAAGUUGCCCCAGUUUGACAAAGAAUCUGAUGUCCUCCUUUUCUUCAAAAGAUAUGAUCCUAGGACAAAAAGCAUUUCCUUUUGUGGACACCACUAUAUGUCAAUUACAGAAAAACUUAGUAAUAUCCUCCCCAAUCUGUGCAGUCGAGGGAAUUUCCCACCAGGCACCAACCUGAUCCUCUAUGAGGAAGUCAAACCAAACCUAGUGGAGAGGAUAGAAGAUGUCAAUUUGCCCCUAGAAAAAGCAUUAGAAGAGCUUAUGGAUGGGGAUAUUAUCAUCUUUCAAAAAGAAGAGCCAUAUCCUGAACAUUAUGACCUGCCUACAGCAAAGGAUUACUUCAAGGAUCUUUACUAUAGAAUUGAUGUCACUUUCUGUGAUAAGAACAUUCCCAGUGAUCCUGGCUUUACACUUGAACUCUCAUUGAGGAUGAACUAUGACCAAAUAGCUCAUGCAGUUGCACAUCAUUUGGAGACUGAUCCAUACUUGUUGCAGUUUUUCAAACCACAAGGCUAUAGAGAUGGUGCUGGAAACCCUGUGAGAUGUACUUUUGAGGGAUGUCUCAAAGAUCUUUUGCUAGUCUAUAAGCCAAGAACAGUCAGAAAGCUUUACUAUCAACAGCUCAGCAUUAAAAUCAAUGAACUAGAAAACAAAAGGCAGUUCAAAUGUGUCUGGGUAAACCACAAGCUCAAAGAGGAGAAGGAACUAGUCUUAUACCCAGACAAAAGUGGGUGUGUGACAGAUUUACUUAAAGAGGCCACCCAGCAAAUAGAACUCUCAGAAAAUGGAUCUGGGAAGCUGAGGCUUCUUGAGGUCAUAAGCUAUAAAAUUUUAUCUAUAUUACCUGAGGAUGCUCUAUUAGAAUGUCUGAAUGUUGGUAAUACCAAGUCGUACAGAAUAGAAGAGAUUCCAGUGGAAGAAUUGCAUAUCGGCAGUGAUGAAGUGCUUGUCCCAGUAGCACAUUUUCACAAAGAAGUGUUUUCAACAUUUGGGGUUCCCUUUCUGUUAAAAAUGAAACAAGGGGAAGCAUUUUCGAAGGUAAAAGAAAGACUACAAAAGCGACUUGAGGUCCCAGACAAAGAAUAUGAAAAGUUCAAGUUUGCUGUGAUAGUGAUGGGUCGUGUAACUUAUAUCCCAGAAGACAAGGAGUACAUUGUAAAUCUGGAUGACUUCCUGCCCCAGACAGUUCAAGGAGGUGGUAUGCAGGCAAGACCAUGGUUGGGAUUGGAUCAUGUAAAUAAAACGCCAAAAAGAUCUAGGAAUUAUUACUUGGAGAAAGCCAUUAAAAUUCACAAUUAGAAGAAUUUGCAUACUUCUAUCCCUCCCUUCUUUAUUAUCCCGGUUGAAUGCCUUCUGCACUAGUAAGAAUGUUGAAUCUGUGACAACCUGAUAGAAGUUUAUCACAGACAAGGAGAACUGAUGAAAAAUUCUAAGGAGGAAUCUGUAGGCUAUGCUAUCCCAAGGUUGAAAUGGAACAGUGCAGAAAAAAGUUUACACAGGCAUUCAAAGGCCCUGUACAUCUUGCAAAUGUUGAGUUGGAAACCUAGUUCGGCAUUUUGUGUCCACCGUUUUAUUAUUUCUUUUUCAUUAAAAUUUGGCAGCAUUAUAUAGCCUGAGGCAGUGUCAUAUAAGUGUCAGGCUUAUUUUAAGCCAUGGGCUAAGCAUACAGCUCAUUUCCCAGCUUCAACUGAACACAACUGCUGAUAUGCUACCCAAGAAAGCAAUACAUUCUUGUACUUGCAGGUGUCCUCUUUACCUGAAUUCUGAGGCAUUUCUGGUAGCAUUUUUUAUUGCGUACACUGGGCAAAGAUGUUUUUGGCAAUAUUCAAAUUAUCAAAAAAUUGUUUAUUGGGAGAACUGACAUUAUUACAAACAAUUUAACAACACAAUACCAUAAGUAGUGUAACUAAACUUAUGAAUGAAUACCAGUGAAAGUAAUUUCUUAUUUUUAUAGUGUAAUUCAGGUUAUUGCUUUGGACACGAGUUUCAAAGUGUGCCCCAAAUUAUCUUGCUGUUGCUUUCUUAUGUUGCAACUGCAGAUCACUAUAAAAAUGAUAUGCAUGCAAUUGAUGUGAUAGACAAAUCCGUGUGGAUCUACAAACUUUUGUUCCUGGGCAGAAAAUGGCCUUUUUGACAUUUUAUUUCCAAUCUAUUUAACAUUUUGCUUUCUUAACAUCUCUGUUAUCUGUUACAGGAAAUGUAUUUUGCCAUCUUUGACUACAACAAUUUAAUUAAAAAGGAAUUGUACAGAAAGCCAAGUUAUGUGUGAAGGCUUCCUCUCACCCCUUGUGCAUAUUGUAUCUUUUUUAUUAUUUAGCAAGUUGUAAACUUCUUUGGUAAUCCAAAAGUUACCUAAAUGUAACGUAACAUACUUGUUUUAAAAUUAGGGAAAAAUAAUAAAAUGAUCAGAAAAACUA